AUGCUGGCUGAAAUAGGUUUUGUUUCAGCUUCCGAUGCCGUCGCAAGGGUGGAGCCUUCUUACUCUUCGGCUCGCUCGGUUUAUACUUCCGUUGUGAACAUCAUGCUCUACUGGCUAUGGAUAUUACUUGUGCUAGUUAACAACGUGGUGGUCGUUCUCCCGAAGAAGACAGUAUCGAUACUCCAAACACGCUUCCUGGUGACGUUGUCCCUUCUGCUGAUGCUUCUCUAUCUUGCAAUUACUGUUUCACUCAGUUACUUAAUUGUGCGACACAAAUACCUCACCCGCUACUCAAAAAACUCCCCAGCAAAACCCGAGAAAUCAGGUCUGAAACUUGGAGUGGGUGUGGACUAUGUUAAUGGUGCAAAAAAGAAGCGUGGGACGGACAAAUCAAAGAACUACUUGGAUGAGUUUCUCAGCGCCAUCAAGGUGUUUGGGUACUUAGAACGACCCGUUUUCCACGAACUUACCAAGAGUAUGACUACUCAAAAACUCGCUUGUGAUGAAAUUCUCUAUUUGGAGGAAAAGCUAGGGUUUUCCAUCGUGGUAGAAGGAACAGUACAAGUUUUCACAAAGGUAGAACAGGGCAAUGGAUCACCGCUGGAGUACACUGAGCAAGAUCUGGAAGAUGUCUUGAUUAUUGGGGAGCAUAGAUACCAGCUAUUGAAUGAGGUCAAGAGCGGCUCGCCAUUGUCUUCGUUACUAAGCACCUUGGAUCUUUUCAGAUCACGAAAUUCAUUGAGCUCCCCUAUCAAUUCUCCCGAAAAAGAAUUAUUACCCAAGCUGAAAGCAAAUGGUAUUGAAAGGUCGGCCUCAGCAUUAUCACCCAAUUCAAUAAGACCAACGGAGUGGGGCCCUCAAGGUUUCCUCUGGAAGGAUACACCCCAAUUUCAAAAUUUUUCCCUUCAUUCCCCUUCCUUUGGCUCAACAGUUCCACCAUCUCCUGAUCUGCCAAUGGGAUAUUUGGAUCAAAACAACUUGCCUUCACUAGAUUAUUCGUCUGCUCAACUUCCGGAUAUAGUUGUUCGGCCAAAAAAGGCUGGCUCUAAACCUGAGGAUUCUACGGCAACAAUCGCAAUAAUCCCUCAUCUGUCAUUUCAGAGAGUCCAAUCGAAAUAUCCUAAAGCCACAUCUCAUAUCGUGACUAUGGUGCUUAUGAGGUUACACAAAGUGACCAUGAAUGCUGUCCAUAACUACUUGGGCUUAACAAAGGAGAUCUUUGACUGUGAAGUCGCAUUGAAUGCUUCAACUGAAGAGAGCAAACUACCUAGUUAUCUUUAUAACGGUGUAAUUGAGAAAUUCAAUCACUACCGUACGAAGCAAUCUGGGAAACUUAACUCUGUUGAUAUAUUUCCAAAAUCGACAAAGAAACCCCGCACUUUGAAUAGAGAAAGCUCAUCAAGAUAUGUUGUGUUAGCAUCGCGUUCCAAAUCAUCGCAUCCUGGAGAUUUGCUCUCCUCAGUUCCUUUAUCUAGAAAACCUGACCUUAACAAGGAACCAAGUCUGUGGAAUAAUGAAGAGGAAGACUCGUCCAGGAAACAUCCACGGCCAAAGAACAAUAGUUCUAGUGAAAGCCCUCUUCUUCCCAAAUUGAAUAAGAAGCAUAGUCAUAAGCCUGCGGAGAAUAUUAGGGACCGUGUAUUCUCAGAUGAGAGAGAAGAAACUGAGGAAACUUCGCUUCGUGUUGCCAUAGUUGAAAUUAUUUUCAAAAUGCUCGGAAUCGAAGAGUUAGCUUUGAACAUGAACUUAUCUGCAAUGACGAGUGGCCAGCUUUCUGCCAAUUCAUCUCAGAUUGGAUUGUCUGCAUUGAUGGGUGGCGAUAAUUCUGUUCCAAUAAGUGGCGAAAAGUACCUUUCAGAUUUUACUACAGACGCAACGCAGAAAGGUUUAUCAUUCAAAUCAACAUCGCGCCCAUCAUCGUCCUUAAACUUGAACUCCCAGAAGUUUUAUAACACAAUUUACCAGACUAAGGAUGGCUCAAGAAAAGUAAAUGGUCAGGACCAUUUACCUGAUAAGAGGAGGGAGUCGAGCAGUUUAUCAAACGGUCUCAAUUUUGCUUCCAUAAAGAAUGCCUUCAGCAAGUACAUUGAAGUGAAAUAUUACGCGGCGAAUACAACUUUAGUUCCCCAAAAUUCUUCUGAUACGGGAUUGUACUACGUGAUAGAUGGUAGUUUAGAAGUGCUUCUUGAUUUCCCAUCCAAGUCUGAUUCUGAAAAUUCGGCUCCGAAAACAUUAUAUGUAGUUAAUUCUGGAGAAUUAGCUGGCUACUUGAGUACCAUUCUCGGGUUCAAAUCAUUAGUGGGCAUUAAAAGUGGAAGCAGUGGUGCUAUUGUUGCGCAUAUUUCAAAGAAGGACAUUUCUGCUAUGAUGGAUAAAUUUUAUUUCUUGCAACUUCCUGUUGCCGCAAAGCUCAAGUCGUUGCUUCCGGGUAUAAUUCGUACAAUUGACUUUGCGCUAGAGUGGUGUCAUAUUCCUGCUGGUGGAAUUUUGUGCAAUCAGGGAGACCUUGCAAAUGGGUUUCAUAUAGUAUUGAGUGGUAGGUUUCGUGUCAUUCGCUACAAAAAUUUGGAUACUGAUGAUACAUCUCCUCUCACUCCAAAUACUCUCAUUGACAAUUCAAAUGUGCAUUCUCAUACAGUGAAAAGCGAUGAUUAUGAAGUGCUAGGUGAGUAUGGUCAUGGUGAGUCUGUGGGAGAAGUAGAGGUCUUGACAGCUUCCAGAAGAACGAACUCAUUGAUUGCAGUCAGAGACUCCGAGACGGCUAGAAUUCCCAGAGCCUUGUUUGAAAUGUUGUCAAUGAGAAUUCCGUCGAUUAUGGUUAAGGUGACACGUAUCGUUGCGGAUCGUGCCAUACAAAUGAGCAAGAACGAAAAGUAUGCAACUGCUGUUGCAACCGUCACAUCAUCCUCUGUAUCUAAGAUCAACAGUGACUAUAAGACUAUCACAAUCUUACCGACAGUCAAUGGUCUUCCUGUUAGAGAAUUUUCUGAGCGAUUAGUGCAUGCUAUGAAGGCUAUAGGUCGUAAGGUUAUUGCACUUGAUCAGGCAUCUAUCCUCACACAUCUUGGACGAAACGCUUUUGACGAGAGGUUAGCAAGGCUCAAACUUUCUGGAUUCUUCGCCUUUUUGGAAGAAGAAUAUGAUACAGUCAUUUACGUGUGUGACACUCCGUUGAAAUCAAACUGGACAUCAACAUGCAUCUCUCAAGGAGAUUGUAUUUUGUUACUAGCUGAUGCCGAAGAUGAUGAAUGUGCAACAAGUGCUGGUGAUUACGAAAAGGUCCUUCUUAAACUCAAAACCACUGCUCGUACGGAGUUAUGUUUGAUACAUCCAGAGAAAUCUGUUUUUCCUGGAUCCACAAGUAUCUGGCUCAAAAACAGACUCUGGGUACAUGGACAUCAUCACAUUCAAAUGGAAUUACUGAAAGACAAUGCAGUUAAUAAUGUGAAGAAAAAGGGCAACAUUCUUUCGGAAUUAGCCCUCAAGUUGAGCAGUAAAGCUAAUCCAAACAUUAAAUUGAAGUUUGAAAACGUGAAGUCCCGGGCAAUUGCCUCGUUAGUCAGACUUAAUGAAAGAGUCAACUAUACGGAGGAAACUUCUGCUGUUCAUAAGAAUGACUUUUUGCGAUUAGCACGAAUUCUUUCCAAUCAAUCCGUCGGACUUGUCUUGGGUGGAGGAGGAUCAAGAGGUAUAUCGCAUGUUGGUGUUGUAACGGCGUUAGAAAAACAUGGAAUUCCUGUUGAUAUGAUAGGUGGUACAUCUAUUGGCUCAUUUGUGGGCGGUCUUUAUGCAAAGGAGUAUAAUAGUGUUUCGAUUUACGGGAUGACUAAGAAAUUCUCCAGGCGAAUUGGGUCUAUUUGGAGAUCUAUUCUAGAUUUGACAUACCCUGUGACUUCCUAUAUUACUGGUUAUGAAUUUAACAGAGGCAUAUGGAAGGUCUUUGGAUAUCACCAGAUUGAAGAUUUUUGGAUUAGAUACUUUUGCAACUCGACGAAUAUCACGAAUUCUACAAUGGAAAUUCACGAAACGGGGUAUGCUUGGAGAUUUAUUAGAGCAUCGAUGUCAUUGGCUGGCUUACUUCCUCCUAUAACUUUCAAUGGCUCUAUGCUUUUAGAUGGUGGAUACUUGGAUAACCUUCCAGUAUUGGAGAUGAAGAAUAGGGGAGCUAAGUACAUCAUUGCCGUCGAUGUUGGAUCGAUCGAUGAUAGAACUCCAAUGAAUUAUGGAGAUACCUUGUCAGGUUUCUGGGUCCUUUUAAACAGAAUAAAUCCAUUUUCUAAGCAUCCCAAUGUUCCAAAUAUGAUGGAAAUUCAGCUUAGAUUGGCAUAUGUUGCUAGUGUCAACGCUCUCGAGAUGGCAAAGAGAACUCCAGGUGUCAUCUAUCUUCGUCCACCUAUCGAUGACUAUGCUACUCUUGAUUUUUUGAAAUUCGACGAGAUUUACAACGUUGGGCUAGCGUAUGCCGAUAAAGUGCUCACUAAAUGGGAGUCCUGA